CUGCGAACUUUUGCGACGAAGCCCAGGGCCGUGACUGAUGUCAUAGGAUUUGUUGUCUCGAGAAGUCGUUCACGCUCGCAGCUAACGGCCACCCCGCACCCGGGGUGUGGUUAGCAGUGGGUACGCUGCACACAGUUUUGAAAGAACAGUUGCUGUCCUCACGCGUUGACGAAAUGCAUGCCGGUUCAGAAUUCCAUGCGAACUAGUGCGGCAGACGACAACAACAAUCGGGCUUUUACUAGCAAGAUGACAGGACAGUUUUCUUCAGAGGAGAGAAUUUCGCCAUCAGCUUCUAACGACACAACACAUGCAUGUUGUCUAUAAUGUCUAUGCCUGGGUCUGAGCUGGAAGCGUUGUCUUGUGAAACCAGUAUACUUUACCAAAACUGCGAAAACUGUUUUAUUUAAAUUGGAAACGCCGUCUUACUCGUGUAUGUCAGACCGGAAAUGAACAACAAAUGUUAGAAAACGGUUUUUAGCCAAUUCUAUAAAAGAAAUGCUGACUUGGAAGCUGUCACACUGGCUUGUGGUUGAAGGACUCUGUGCCGAGUGACGGAACUAGUGCAUUGUAAUGGAUGCUAUAUUCUGAAACUGAAAGAAAGGCUCCUCGAUGUUGGUCAAAUUUGGAUAUGACUAGGUGUCGGCUAUGACAUGUUGGAUGAUUGACUAUCAAGAACAAGUGACAGCGAGGCCGCAGAAACAAAUUAUUCCUUCAGAAUAAUUUAAACGAAUUAUUCCUUCAGAGUAAUUUGAAGAAAAUAUGAAAUCAGCUGGAAAGAUGUCAGAAGCUUUGGGUCUGCUGCUUCUUGUCCUUCUCCAUACCAGCGGGGUCAAGGGAGGGAAGGAGAUGGACGUCAUCAAGUCCGUUCAAAUAACUCAGCCCUCGGAGGAGACUCCCACCAUUAUAGGCACAGACCUGACUAUCGUCUGUGAAAUCUUGCCUCGGAAUCUCCCUCGAGAAGUGCUAACGUCUGUUGAGUGGAUACGCGAGGAUAACCAUUUUCAGAAGCGAGUGACAAUUAAACCGCAGGAGAACAAGAUUGACAUCUUCUACAACACGAAUGACUCGUCAGUCGCCUUAAAAGUGUACAACAUCUCUUACUUAGACCAGGGCAAAUACAUCUGCUCGGCAACUCAGCGUGAUCACGUGACCAUCUUUCAGGAUUUUCGGGAGGUAUUCGCCGCCGGCCCUCCAGUCAUUAUCUACCCGUACACCCAGGAGGUCAAAGCAGCGUUAUACAACGAGGCAGAACUCGAAGUUGAUUUUUAUGGAUGCCGGACAGAUGAAUGUAACAUCACGUGGUUGGAUGAGCAGUCACGCAAUAUCAGGGAGACUUGGAAAGACGAGAAGGGGGAGACAGAUUCGAAGUCACUGUACAGCAGCAGAAAGCUGACCUCCGAAAAUGUCACGCACGACGACCUACAUAGCUAUACCUGCGUCAUCCAAAAUGUCUACGGCAAAGCUUCCGUCACUUUCAUCCUUAAAGCGGAUCCGUUCUUAUUGUUGUGUGAAAAAUACGACAGCGGAUGUUUUCGAUCAGUCGACAAGCCUGCUAGGAGCUCAGUGAUGUUCAAGUGUACAAGUGCCAAUCAUCGAGUCAUUCCAAAGCUUUCCUGGAAUAUGUCCUUUGCAAACGGGUCUUCGGUGACAGUUGGUAACAAGGGCGGAGACAAGGUAGCGAACGUGGAGGUUAUCUUCGCGAGCGUCUCGGUUAACGACCCGAACCCACUGGUGACGUCCUAUCUGACCAUCAAGGAUACUCAGUACAGCCACACAGGCAACAUCACGUGCUUGAUAAGCGGGCCCUCAGAGUUUAAAUCCACUCUCUCCUUCAAUAUCUUUGGUUCUCCAAAAGUUGUCGUGAAGGACGACACUGUGGCUGCUAAUCUAGGACACCAGGUGUCGCUGAACUGCACCAUCUUCGUCAACCCGCCCUGCGACCAAGCCGACGAUCUGUGGUGGACUGCAUCAGGUAGUCCCAUCAACUCCACAGGCAGGUACUACAUCCAAACAGUCAUGUCCGGUAUAACGACGAUAUCCACUCUGACCAUCUACGACGUCCAGCAGGAGGACAUAACCAUUUUCGAGUGCAGGGGGAGAAACUCAUACGGCCGUGACUCAAAAACGGUCAAGCUCGUUACCUGCCCACAGGGAUUCUUGAUGGGACCAGAUUUUCAAUGUAUUGAAGAGGAGUUCCCUACUCUGACGCUGGUUCUCUCGAUGACCUUCUGCCUGAUCGUCGUCACAGUGGUAGUGGCUGUCGUCUUCAUCGUGUACCGGAAGAAGAUGCUGCAGAAGUUUCAGCACGAGUGCACCAUGGAGCGUGUCAUGCAGGAGAGCGAGAAGAGGCGGCACGUGAAGAUCGUCUUCACCAACUCCGGGCAGCUGACGCAAGAGUUUGAGAAAGUCCGUCUGCAGAGUGAAAGUGAGCGCUGCAAUGGCGAGUUUUUGUCCGGAGACGAGUUUCCUCGAGAGAGGAUACGAUUCCUGGACUGUCUGGGUGAAGGGACUUUUGGAAAAGUCGUCCGCUCGGAGGCGCUGAACAUCAUCGGCACGGGCCGCUGGGAGGUUGUGGCUGUUAAAAUGUGUAAAGAAACUGCGACCGACACUGAAAAAGCCGACUUCCUCAAUGAGCUGUUAUUGCUGAGAAAAAUACCCAAGCACCUCAACAUCGUUACUUACUACGGAUGCUGCACAAGAUCAGACCCUGUCCUCAUGGUGAUGGAAUACGCUCCCAACGGCGACCUACUGACCUACCUGAGAGGGCGGCGCCCAAAGAAGUCAGAGCCAGAGACGGGAGAGGCGACUGAGAACGGCGACAAUGAAAAGACGACCACGAUAACGCCACCCACCUUGACCUCCAAGGAACUGUUUGCCUUUUCUCUGCAGAUCGCCCGAGGCAUGAAGCACCUCUCGGACAAUAACAUUGUUCACAGAGACGUAGCGGCUAGGAAUGUGCUACUGACGGACCGAGGUGUGUGCAAAAUCACAGACUUUGGCCUGGCACGUGACAUCCACGGCUCCGACAAUUAUGAGCGCAGGUCAAAGGGGCCGCUACCCAUUCGCUGGAUGGCACCGGAAGCGCUGAUUGAUGGACGCCAUUCUACUUGGUCUGAUGUCUGGUCCUACGGCAUACUCGUAUGGGAAGUCGUCACACUUGGAGCCAGUCCUUACCCUGGGAUGUCAGCCUCCCAGGUAUUCAAAUUUGUUAACGACGGCAAGAAAAUGGAGAAACCGCAGCACUGCACAGAUGAUCUAUAUGACUUGAUGACCCAGUGCUGGCGCCAAUCGUCUGCCAAGAGGCCGACUUUUGAUGAUAUUUGCUCCCAGCUGGAGACUCUUUUGGAAAGGGAAGGAGACUACAUCAACCUGGCUCUCUUCGAGGAGAAAGACUAUGCUGUUCUGGAACCACUGCUCCUGGAAGAACGCCUGUAGCGCGACCUUUGUGAAGAUACGACCAGGGUCAUAGUUAUAUAUCGUGAUAUUAAAAAACACACAAGAGUAUUUGUCACUUCCUAACUUGCAUUAAUUUUUAAUGAGCGUGAUGAAACUUGCGGACCCCAUUUGACAUUGAAUUGUUAUGGAUAACAGCUACUAUUUAUGGAUAGUCAGCUUGUUGUGCCAGUGAACAAGAAGUGAUCAAACAGAAGGUCUUGAAGUUAUGAUGACACUCAUAAAGUGAGCUUUAAAAGUGAUGCUACUAUAGCAAAAGCAACACCCCUUUUUUUUGCAUUGACUUGGCGCCAUAAUGAGGAGAACGACAACACAAACAAAGAACUAUAUUAAUAAACUCAGGAACGAGAA